GCCCUCUACGUGCAUAGGUACGGGGCCCUCUAUUUUUCGUUCAUGUAUAAACCCUCAAAAUCAAUUUUCCCCAAUUCAAUCGAAAAUUUCAUCCAUUUUCCUCAAUCAAAUUCGAAUCUGAUUGCGAUUCGGAAGCCAAAAGAUUCCCAGAAUAAAUGUCGGGAAGUUCAGCUUCAAAAAACGAUAAUGGUUCUACGAUUUCUACGUCCAUUACAGACUUGGACGUUGAUUCAUUGGUACAGUGUACCAAUUACUUGAGCAUCCAAGAUAUCUCGAACAUGGCGAUGUCCUGCAAAUUCUUCCGAAAUGCUUCUUUUUCUGACUCAAUUUGGCACCGUCUCUUUCGGGAGGAAUGGCCAGAGCACACUUUGGGUCGAUAUUCUCCAGGAACACCAGUGAGGGAUGCAUACUUGGUCAGGCGUUCUGCUGUGCGAAAGUUUAGCUUUGUUGAUCCCUUAGUUGCAGACUUCUCUAGCAAUUCAAGACCUUUCAAUCAUGUAUUGUUAGGAAAAAAUGACAUCAUUUUAUCACAGGGAUCGGUGGUACACCUUCUGAAGAUUGAUGACUUUGUCAACGGUAAAAAGUGCCUUGUUUCUUUAAGGGAACAUAAGGCGAGGAUUACCUGCAUGAGGUUGUUUCCAAUCACUGAGGUAUCUCUUAUUCGAAGUGAGGCACAAUGUGAUGAAAACAUAUUACUAACCUCAAGUUCCGAUCACUCUAUUCGUGUUUGGUGGAAGGGUUCUUGUUUUCGAUGUUUUCGAGGUCAUAAUGGUCCUGUUUCUGCACUCUCGGAUAAAAUAUUGGGUGAUGAGGGUAGCAAAGUACUUGCUAGUGGCGGAGAAGAUGGCACAGUUCGUCUGUGGUCUCUCAGUUCAAGUGGCAAACGUGGCCAGCAUGCCCUGAAUGCAACAUUACAUGGGCAUGAGAAACCAAUUAAAUUAAUUUCAGUUUCCGGGCACAAGACGUCACUUUUGGUCAGUGUUGCAACGGAUUCUAAGAUCAGAGUGUGGGACUCAACCCAGGCAUCUGCAUCUCGGGCAUCUAGUUGUGUGGGAAUGGCCUCUGUGGCGGGUACUCCUGUCGGAAUCAAAUGCUUUGAGUCAAUGCUAUAUGUAGCUGCUGGUUACUCCGUUCAGGCAAUAGAUUCGAGAACAAUGAAGAAGGCUUUUACAGCUGCUGUUUGUCACCCAGAGCUUUAUUCGUUUGAAAUUCUGCCUUCUAGAUCAUUGAUCUGUACUGGCGGAAAAAACAAAGCUUUGUUAUGGGAUGUACGGAAAAGUCAGGAUGGAUUUAAAUCAGGGCCGAUAGCUGAGAUGGAAGGUCACAAUGGUCCUGUUACACAAGUGUAUAUGGAUCCAUACAAGAUAGUUACUGGUGGUCCUGAUGAUUUUUUCAUUAAGAUAUGGGAUGUGGAAACUGGUGUUUUCAUUAAUUCCUUCAUCUGCUGUCCUUCGGAGGUAUCCAGUUCCAGGAUGGGGUGUAAUGCAAUGGCUGUUGAUGGCUGUCGAAUUGUCACUGUCUGCUCUGGCGAAAAUGGACUUUUAAGCUACCGAGACUUCACCAAUGCUUCUUGCUCCAUCUCUUCAUACAAUGAUGCUGUUUCCUCCAAAUUUUGGAACAAGAGCUCAUACAAUGAUUCAGAUUCUGAUACAUAAACUUUUCUUUUUGUACAUUAUAGAGUUUCCAUGUUUUUAAUUGAUUGCAAUCACCAUUCUUUCACUAGUACAAAAAUUGCCAAGUGCUGUCAUUUAUAAAAAGGCAGCAUUUGAGGGCACCAAUAAUAAAAUUAAAAAUACAUUUUUACAAGUGCUGCUUGUUUAAUUCAAAGCAUCACAAAA